CCGACGGAUUCGACGAAAGAGAUUGCGUGGGAGAACAUUCGGGCGUGGUUUUUCAACGCGUUGCGCUGCUGUUGGGAGGAGGCGGCCCGACGAGGUAGAUUUCGGUAGAACGGCGGGACCUCUUGAAACGAAAGACUCGCCGCUCGGACUUCAAAGUAUGUGGCAUUAUGAGAAAACUACUCCCGCAAUUAGAAGAACAUCGAAGGUUGGCUAGAAGACGCCGUUCUGUUCACCGAAGAAAUUGUAAACGUGCGAACGAGGCCAUUUAAGAAUUAAAUGGCACGUCGGAGAGCAGUGACGUCACGGUUUAAACGUCACGACUCAAAGACUUGUACGUCAACUACACACAUGCUUUUGGCUAGACUUCUCUUGUAACAGAAAUAUUCUGUUCAAAAUAAAAAUUCAUGGUACAUAAAAUGCAGAACUGACAAACUAAAAGAAAGAAGGUAGUGAGAUGCAGCCCCGCCUAGAUGGGAAACUGGCCUUGCUUUAUACAUUGUUAGUAUUGCAAGUUCUUAUUGUUAUGAUUUAUGUUGCUACUACUCCACCUUCUGAACUAACUAUAUCGACAACUCAUACUUCUGUUACAUUUGUGAAAUUUGAAGAUGCACAGGAACCUCAAGUGCAACAGACCACUCGUAAAAAGUUUCCCAUCUACCAGACAAUCAAUGGGGAGGUAGUGCUGAAAGAUGUUAAAACUUUCACUCUGUUUGAUGUAUACAAUCAUACCAUUUGUUGGAAAUAUGGAGUGGAUAAUCAGAAGAUGAAAAAUAGCAAAGACUUUAAGAAAUGUAUUUGUACUCAAGGAUGGCAUGGCUCAGACUGUGGUCAACCGGAAGUUGUCUGGAGGGCAAUUAUGGCAUCUAAGCAGAAUGUUCAGCUGAAACAUCGUAAAACGGCUAGACGUAUCAUUCAUACAUUUUUUUUAAACGAAUACAAUUCAGCAAUUGCAGAGGUGAUAGUAGAAGAGUUAUACAAUGUAGUGGAUCUUUUUGUAAUCUGUGAUUUCAGUAAUGCAGAAGAUAAUUUUCAUCAUAAGCUACUUAAAGGUUUAUUACAACAGGAACAGAAGAAAAUUUUAUAUAUUAAUAUAGCUACAAAGGUGCAUAAACCAUUGAGGGUAGUAUCCAAAUACAUUUGGGAGAAAAUAAAGACUGUAGUAAGAAAUUUAAGAGACGACGAUAUUUAUGUAACGACUGAAUCAGAACAAGUACUGAAUUCUAGGGCAUUAAUGUUCCUCAAGGUGUAUAAUGGUUGGCCACAACCUAUUGGUUUUAGAUUAAGAUGGUCUGUUUACGGAUUCUUCUGGCAACAUCCACUUAAGACAACGAUAACGGUCGGCGCGUGUACAAUUGGAUUAAUGCGUGAAGUUUAUCAAUCCAAUCCCAUCAUGUUGGAACAAUUGGAGGGAGAUUUGAGUGAAAGAGAUAGUCUAGGCCUAGUAAUAGGAGACUUGAAUCAUUAUGGAGGCUGGUACUGCUAUCUGUGUCAGGCACCAGCGAAUAUAAUAAAUAGCCUACAUAAUAAAGUUAAAUCCAAUGAAAUUCAAAUAGGGAAAACUAUUGAUGUACCAUUCAUCGAGGACCUAAUAGGAAGUGGAUUAUGGUUAGAUGGCAAAACUAAUCUCCUAAGAGUCUCUAAAUCUCGGGACCUCUAUUUUGCGCCUGAAACAAUACUUAAUAAUACAUGGAAAUACGACUGGCUAGUAGAGAAUUUUUAUGCUAAAUUAGACUAUUAUUGACAUAUUGGUCACACCUGACUGUGAUAUUAACUCAUACUCAAUACUCAAUGUAAACUAUAUGAUAUUGUAUUGAAUUUAUAUACUAAAAUAAUAUGUUGAUUAUGAAUUAUAAAUAUUAAAUGAUUUAUACGCAUAAGUU